CAAGAUCAAAAAUUACUUCAGUCCACUUGAAACUCGCAACAACUUCAAGCCAAGUAACCGUCAAUACAUCACCAACAUGAAAGCCGUCUGGGCCACUCUACUUGUCACGGCCUCGUUAGCCCUCGCCAGUCCUGUCGCUGAGGCAGCUCCAAAAGCUGAUCCGGGCGGUUACGGCGAUUACGGAGACUACGGCGAAUAUGGAAAGUAUGGCGAUUAUGGAAAAUAUAAACCACCGACGCCGCCGAAGGGAGGAUACGGGGAUUAUAAGAACUACCCACCACCAGCGGGAGGCUAUGGCGAUUAUGGAAAGUAUCCGCGGGAAGAGAGCUUGAAACCCCAUAUCAAAAUUUACUGGUUGAAAAUUCCCGUAUAA